UGUGCUUUUUCGUCUGUUUAUCAAAAUCCAAUAAGAUAUUGAGUGUCCGUACAAACAAACUAUCAUGAGUAGCAUCGGCACUGGUCAGUCCUAUGCGGAACCGCAAGAUUCCAUUCGGUCUCACGUUAGCGAUAGGAGCAAAGCUGAUUCGGGUUCGGUGACGGUGAAAACAAUGGACGGGUCGCAUUAUUCGGAAGCCCAGGCCGUAACCCUCACGGUGGACGGGUUCGGGACGGUCAAGGAUCCCUUGAGCGGUGAGGUCCAACCGGUGAAACGAUUCACCUGGACGAACGACAGUGGUAUGUCGGUGCAGGUGAUAUCGUAUGGGGCGAUUAUCACUUCGAUUAAGGUUCCCGGCAAGGAUGGCUCGAUUGAGGACGUUGUGUUGGGAUUCGAUGACAUUCCUGGAUAUCAGGGAGCGAACAAUCCUUAUUUUGGAGCUACCGUGGGACGAGUGGCGAAUCGUAUCGGUGGUGGUCGGUUCACGAUCGACGGGGUUGUCUACGAGGUUACAAAGAACUACGAGGGACGCCAUCAGCUGCACGGUGGCAAGAUCGGUUUCGACAAGUUCAACUGGACGACGCAUGUGGACGGGACGGUAGUCACGUUGAGUCACACGAACAUGGACGGACACGAAGGAUACCCGGGAACAGUUCUGGCAUCGGUGACCUACGAACUGAAGAACGACAAUCGAUUCGUCUUUAAGUACCAGGCAGUGUCUAGCAAACCGACACCGAUCAAUCUGACGAACCAUUCCUACUUCAAUCUGGCUGGCCAUAGCACCGGUCACGAGGAAGUCUACCGUCACAUCAUUUCAAUGAACGCCGAUCGGAUUACGGAAACGGACGCGGACUCUAUCCCGACUGGCAAGUUCCUCUGUGUCGGUGGGACAUCGUACGAUCUGCGUAUCCCUCGGGAGCUUGGACCGGCCAUGUCCCGCACCCCAGGCGAGGGAUACGAUAACAACUUCUGCAUCACCAAGGGCACUGAGCAGAGUAUGACCUUUACCGCCCGGGUCGUUCACCCUCACUCCGGACGAGUGCUGGAGGUUUACACCGAUCAACCGGGCGUUCAGCUGUACACCAGUAACUUUAUGCCCGAUCCGAAUCGCAAUAUCCGCGCGAAACCGGUCAAUGCUGCGGAAUACUACGAAGUAACCCAUCUGGAACCGGUAGUGCCUUCGAUGGCCACCGAACAACCGAUCCGCGGUAAGGGUGGAGCCAAGUACUUCAAACAUGGCGCAUUCUGUUUGGAGACGCAAAAUUUCCCGGACGCAGUGAAUCAUGCCAACUUUCCCAACUCGGUGCUAGUUCCCGGUGAAACCUACACGCACGAGGUGGUUUACAAGUUUGGAUUGCACGAUGGCAAUUGAACUGAUGGUGUGAGAAGGUUGUGAAAUAUAACGGCUUAGGAAUUAAUCAACGUCUAGUUAGA